CUGUCCCCUCCCCGCUGUCCCUUCCCGGCGCGGCGCUGGCUGCGCUCCGCGGCAGAGCGGGGCUGCGGGAGGAGCCGCGGGAGGAGCCGCGCUCGGCCGCUUUGUGCCGGCAGCCGCCGCAGGACGGCCGCAAAGCCAUGGAAGAGUUAAUAGUUGAGCUGCGCCUGUUUCUUGAACUUCUGGACCAUGAAUAUCUAACUUCCACUGUCAGGGAGAAGAAGGCAGUAAUAACUAACAUUCUCCUGAGGAUACAGUCAUCAAAAGGUUUAGAAAUAAAAGAACAUGUCCAGAAGCAAGAAGUUGCCAACAGUUUGCCAGCACCUCCUCAAAUGCCUCUGCCAGAAAUACCUCAGCAGUGGCUGCCACCAGAUAAUGGGCCUCCACCACUGCCAACAUCUUCCCUUCCUGAAGGCUAUUAUGAGGAGGCAGUGCCACUCAGUCCUGGGAAGGCUCCUGAGUACAUCACUUCCAAUUAUGACUCAGAUGCUAUGAGCAGCUCUUACGAAUCCUAUGAUGAAGAGGAGGAGGAUGGAAAGGGGAAGAAAAUGAGACAUCAGUGGCCUUCUGAGGAAGCCUCUAUGGAUCUGGUGAAGGAUGCCAAAAUCUGUGCCUUCCUUCUUAGAAAGAAACGAUUUGGGCAAUGGACCAAACUACUGUGUGUUAUCAAAGAAAACAAACUACUGUGUUACAAAAGCUCCAAGGACCAGCAGCCCCAGAUGGAACUGCUCCUGAAUGACUGCAGUAUCACCUAUAUUCCCAAAGACAGCAAAAAGAAGAAGCAUGAGCUGAAAAUCUCUCAUCAAGGAGCAGAUGCCCUGGUUCUGGCAGUGCAGAGCAAAGAGCAGGCAGAACAGUGGCUAAAGGUUAUAAAAGAUGUGUGCAGCAACUGUACAGGAGCUGUAGACUCUGAUGGGCCAUUGUCUAGUUCUCCGGUACAUAAAGUGGAGCUGGAAAAGAAGCUGUCGUUCGAGAGGCCGAGCUCAGAUGGGGAAGGUACUGUGGAAAAUGGCAUCACUACUGUGUGCAAUGGUAAAGAACAAGUGAAGAGGAAAAAAAGUUCAAAAACGGAAGCCAAGGGCACUGUGACUAAAGUAACAGGGAAAAAAAUAACGAAGAUCAUUGGUUUAGGAAAGAAAAAGCCAUCAACAGAUGAACAGACCUCAUCAGCUGAAGAAGAUGUUCCAACAUGUGGAUAUCUCAACGUGCUCUCUAAUAACCGCUGGCGUGAGCGCUGGUGCAGAGUGAAGGACAAUAAACUCAUUUUCCAUAAGGACAGGACAGAUCUGAAGACACACAUUGUUUCUAUCCCUCUCCGUGGCUGUGAAGUCAUCUUGGGACUAGAUUCGAAGCACCCCCUGACCUUCCGCCUGCUCCGGAAUGGGCAGGAGGUCGCUGUGCUUGAGGCCUCCUCCUCUGAAGACAUGGGCAGAUGGAUAGGAAUUUUACUGGCAGAAACGGGGUCUUCAACAGAUCCUGGAGCUCUGCACUACGACUACAUCGACGUGGAAAUGACGGCAAGCGUGAUCCAGGCUGCGAAACAGACCUUCUGUUUCAUGAACAGGCGAGUUAUAUCUACAAAUCCGUACCGGGGAAGCACUGCCAAUGGCUACGCCUGUCCAAGUGGAAUGGCACUUCAUUAUGAUGAUGUUCCCUGCAUAAAUGGAUCGUGGGAACCAGAAGAUGGCUUUCCUUCUUCUCGUAGCAGGAACAUUGGAGAAGAAAUGCUUUAUGAUAACGCAGGCCUGUACGAUAAUUUGCCGUCUCCAAAAAUCUUUGCGCGCUAUCCGCCAGCUGACAGGAAACCCAAUAGGUUAUCUACUGACAAACUCUCCUCUAACCAUUACAAAUACCCUGUCUCAUCCAAUCUGUCUUCUGCUCAGUCUGUCACUAAUACCUCUGCUGUGGGGAGGGGAUCUGGCUCGCAGUUUAAAGGCAAGAAGCCUCCUGUGACUACUAAUGGGAUCGCCGGAAAAGCAAGAACUUUAAAUAGCCAGCCGAAGAAACCUGAAACAGUUUCCUGUGUGAAACGCACUGCAUCCAAUGCAGAGCAGUACAAAUACGGCAAGAAUCGUGUGGAGGCAGAUGCAAAGAGAUUACAAAGCAAAGAGGAGGAGCUACUAAAGAAAAAAGAAGCCCUCCGGAAUAGGCUGGCCCAGCUCCGGAAAGAGAGAAAAGAUCUGCGUGCUGCCAUUGAAGUCAAUGCUGGCAGGAAGACCCAAGUGAUUCUUGAAGACAAGUUAAAGAAGUUGGAAGAGGAAUGUAAACAGAAGGAGGCUGAGCGUGUAAACCUGGAGCUAGAACUGACUGAGGUGAAGGAGAGCCUUAAGAAAGCCUUGGCUGGUGGCAUCACACUGGGCUUGGCUAUUGAACCCAAAUCAGGAACAUCAAGUCCACAGUCUCCAAUUUUCAAGCACCGAACUUUGGAAAACUCUCCAAUCUCCAGCUGUGAUACCAGUGAUACUGAAUGCUCCAUCCCUGUGAACAGUGCAGCAGCUUUGAAGCGACCUCCUUCAACAAACAAUUCUCCAUGUCGAGGCCAUGUCCUUCGAAAGGCAAAGUUGCGAGUGAGCCCACGCCUUGUAGAUGUGGCUCAGGAAAGGGCGUCACACGAAUGGGAGAUGAAAAAUGGAACAUAAACAUACCAAAACCAUUCACUUUCCGUAAAGGCCUUACCUACGACAGACCAAGACCUAGGCUGCAAAGGACUCACGUGAAAGGUCACAUCAAGUGAUAAAACAUAAGAAGUUUUAUAACUCUGUUAAGUUAAUGGUAGCUUGGCGCUAAUUUGCCUGUGUAUUCCCUCUACUGUAUUGCUGUGUAACUACGUGUGCCCCUUUUUAUUAGCUGUAACUCCUUGUUUCCAACGUCACUGGUAAAGAAAAUGAAAACCAAAAAAAACCUAACCAUAGGAAUUAAAAAGGAGCAUAAAGUCACAGUUGAAAGUUUACUUUGCUGAAAUAGCACAGAACCAGCAUGUUAACUAUAGUCCAUCAGAUGGCCUGAACACUGCUGAAGACUGGUAUGAAACCUUGACUCUUAGAAGGCAAAACUGCCUUCUGAGCUCUGCCACAGAGCAAGGCUAACUCAUGAGCAGAGGCUUUGCUGGUAGCUGCUCACAUGGCAGAAGAAAACUGAAGAAAUGUGCUCACAGAAGCAGCAAGGCCUGCUCAGCCCAGGAGCUCUGCAGUGCCGCCGCCCUCCCUGGGACGACAACGACUCAUUGGUGAAGCGUUUUUUGGAUACUUUUUAGACAGAUGCUUUUGUCACUGGGAGAUAAAAAGCUGCCAAACUUUGAGACAAAUGCGGUUUUGUGUGUUCUCUUUAUUGCUGUUCUGAAGCACCAGUCAUUUUCAAAGGUCAUGUUCUUGAACUAUGACUUGUUCCUGAUUUUUUUAAAAGGCAAACAGGUUAUUUUUAGAUACUGCUUCUUUUCUAUACAUUUUGAAGAAGAAAAAGAAAACGUAACUGAAAUUAGUCCUCAACAGAUAAUGGCAACUCAGAAUAACUUAUGCAGUCAGUCUCGUUUUAUUUUUUAUAAUAUAGUAUUGUUAAACUUGAGGUAUAGAACACUGCUGUACUUAGUUUCCUUUGUCUUUUCAGACCUCAGCUAUUAUUUUGAGGAAGAUGGACUGCAAAGGUGAUAAUUUUCAGACUCUUUUAUAAACAGUUUAACAAAUAAUUGGGGAUUUUCUCAAACAGGAGUCCAUUUCUGUUUACUAGGAAACAGCAUCUUGCAUUUUAGUCUGUAAAAUUAUAAAAAUCUCUUUUCCUUUGUCUCCAUCCAUGUCACUCAUGAGAAAUUAUAUGCAGUAAAUUGCCACUGAAGCCCUUCAAACUAUCAAGAUUGGUUUUAAAAAAUCAGGAGGGGAUGGGGGGGGAACGUAUAAUAAGAUGGCUUCUUCUAAGUUUUUCUCGGUAUUUUUUUUAAGCAUUUGGAGAGCUUUCAAUCAUGCUCUCAAGAUUUUUUUCCUCCUCAACUGUGAGGAGUAUAAAAUUAAUUAAAAAAAAUACUACACAUAUUUUGAGAUAAUCACAGAUGUUAGGGCUGGAGUCUUGAUAAUUAGUUAAGACUGCAAUUAAAAUCACAGAAACUGGCAAGACAGCAGUUAUCAAGGAUCACAUCCCUUUAUGGCCAAGCCUGUAGAUUAUCUCUGAUUAUCUCUUACCUUUAGGAAUGGGUGUGUGCAACUCCUGGAGGGUACACUGGGAUUCUCAGCUGAGCUGGAUGCCAGAGAGCUUCCUGCAGGAGCUUGUGGAAUUUGAAGGCACAGAGCUAUCAAAAACCUGAUAGCUGACAGGAGACAGGGCUGUGUCCUGUUUCCAAAUGCAUUUAGGGCCAGGGAUCCCACUGACCUUAGCAGUGUAGAAAUGGGGCCCAGCAUGAGAAAAGGCUCUUUGCUUCUUGUGACUUUACUUGGUACAAAGUGCCACAGGAAUGCAGAUGUAAUAGGAAAGCAAGUGUCAGUGUGGUUUUCAUUGAAAACACACUCUUUUAAUAUUAGUUUAGGUCAUCUACUUCUUAUUAACUCUCUAACUAGAGGGCACAAUCUAUACUGUAUGACUAUGGACUACACAGCAUCAAAUUCCCAUAAAUAAUAGCAGAAACAAAUUUGAAGCAAAAGUAAGUUCAUUUAGGCUUUUUAUUUCAAAUUAAGUUAUUUAUUUGUAUAUUUCAAUAAAUAUUUAAUUUAUAUCUGUACAUAUUUAUAAUGCAAAUUAGGCUUCUAGUCAACAUUUGCAAUGAUGUAACAGUUGCCAUUGAGAAGUGGUCCCACAUCAAGUAAUGCAGAGUAGUCAAAAGCCAAAUCCCUUGUGUUGUUUACCCAAUAUUGGCAUUGUCUCUUUCCACCCCCGUAUCCCAUGGUAAAAAAAAAAAAAAAGAAAAAUUCCUUGGCAAGGACAGGUUUUAAUCUAUGCCUGAGGUAGAUGUGUGCACAUUUGUGUCCAGGCAAACAGAAAUUGUGUGGUGCUGGGGUUGUGCACGGAGCCCCAGCCCUGGUGGUGCAGCAUUCCUUGAGCUCUGCUAGUGCAGUGUGAAGAUGAAGUGUGGCAUGUGCUAAUUGCUAAAAGGAAACAGAACAGGUACUGCCAGGUACAGGAAGUAUAAAAGCAUAACUCAGUGCAAAGGGGACCUUUAGCACCUUUUUGCAGCAGCUGUGCAAAAUUUAAAGUUCACACAGGAGGGCACACAGAAAUCAAGUCUUCCUGUUUAAACACAUGGGUUGUAAAUAAAUCCUCAGGAGCAUGAUAAGAAGUUAGUUAUCAGUCUUCUACCACUGAUUCAGGGUCAAGUAAACCUGUAGAACACUUAAUUUUAUAAAAAUUCUUGGGAUAAAAUCUUGUUUUGCCCCUCAGCACCUAUAGCACCCUGAGCCCCUGUAGUGCCUGCUGCACAGGGGCUGCCACAUAAACUAAACAUCUUUCUCCAGCAAAGGCUCCACAAAGCCACCACCAUUAGUCUAUUCUACAUAAUGGCCAAGGUUUUGAAAGGGGGAAAACCAAAAAGCUUGGGAAAUAACCUCUCUGUAGACCACAGUUGGUGCUGUGAAAUGUGCUCUGUUGCCUUGAAUAGCACUAUUGCUGCACAAUUUUUUAUAAAGAGCCACAGAGCUUGUAUUUUCACCGUUUUUAGAUUUCAGGAUCACCAGGCAAACUCAGCCAUAGAGCAACAUGACUUUUGUUUUAAAGGAAAACUCAUAUUUUGAACCAUUUCUAUGUCUUUUAAGAAAAUGUUACACUUGUUCUUCCUCACCAAAUGCCUGUUACUGUACCAGGUGCUUUUUUAAAAUUGUUUGUUUGGUUUUGUUCUUUUUAAUGGGUGAUGCUUUUUUUAUAAAAAAAAACCCAGAUCAUGACUUUGGGGGAUCAAAGGUGUUUUUUUAAAUGAGAUGAUUGUGGCAAUUUGAUUUUUCAAAUGGAGAAUAUUAAUUUAGUAUCAAGUUUUGUUAGACACUUUCAAAUUAAUUGGCCCAGGGUGUAUGUUGUAUGAUAAUGUUCUCAUAUUAAGAAUGUAAUUAUUUCCUUAUUGUAUUUUUUAAAAAACAAAAUCAUAUUUAAAAAAAACCUCUGUGAAAAAAAGCAUGAUAGAAACAUGAAAAAAAAGGUUUUGUUUUAUUUUUGUUAUUGGAUAUGUUGGCAGUGCCCAUUAUAAUUGACUGUAAAUAUAGCCUUUCUACUGUAUUUCUCAGUGUAUUUAAGUUUUUUUGACACACAUUCAUUGAAACUUCUGUUAAAAAAAAAAAAAGUUCAAAAUAGACCCACCUUCAAAUGUGUGUCUUAGUAGCUUCAACUAACUUUCUGCCUUUCUAGUUUAUUCUUCAGAAAGUCUUGCAAAGUGUGAAAAAAGACAGGCACCUGGUAGGUGCGACAGAUCCAAGACCAUUAUUAAUAAAGUUACCUGUCAAAAAAAGGC